AUGUGUUUACCAGAAAAUGAAAAAAUACUAAAAAGGGAAUUAUAUGACUUAUUCUAUAUGGGGUUAAUAAAUACACAUAAAAGAGUUAUUAAACUGCAGAAUAUUAGAACAAUUGAAGAGGCAGUUACGAUAGUCGAAGGCUCUGAAACAAAUUCUAAUUUGGAAACUUCUAAUAAUAAUUCAAAGCAAAUAAGAAGAUUCUCAGAACUCCAAGAAAAUGAAGAUCUUAAUAUUUCAAAGCCCAAGAAUGGAAAAUUUCCAAAAUAUAAAUAUUGCAAGUAUCAUAAGUGGUGUGGUCAUACAACUGAGGAAUGCACUAAAAUUAACACUAAUAAGAAAGGUGUGUACUCAAUUAAGGAAACUACAAUAGUUCCACAAAGAAUUGAAGUCACUGGACAGAUUAACGAUAUUACAACACUAUUUGUUAUUGAUUCAGGGUCGUUCGAAAAUAUUAUGUCGAAACAAAAGGUGACCGAACUUAAUCUUAAAAUUGAAAAAAAUUAG